CACGAUACCAUUUGCAAGGCGUCGGCAGUACUAUUGCUAAGCCUAUUGCUUUAUCUACCUUUACCUUUACCUCUCCCCUCUAUCAACACACCUCACUAAACACAUCACCGUCAAGAUGCCUAUGAACUGGUCUGCAGAGAAUGAUCGCAUCCUCUUGAUGAAGUUGGUUGAGACCCACAGAAUCAACAUUGAUGCCAGUGACAUUGCCCAAGCAUGGCCCACCAAUACGGCUCACCAACCUUCUGCUCGUGCAAUCUCUGAGCGGUUCGUCAAGCUCCGCAAGAUGAAUGGUGGCAAGGAGAACGGAGCAAAGAUUACAGUAGCUAGGAGUGGUGGAAAGCCACGUACUCCCAAAUUAAUUGGCACUAUCACUCCCUCUUCCUCUGCUAAGAAGCGCAAGCAGAGGAAGAGCUCCAGCGAGGAGUCCGAUGCAGAUGACCAUAUCACCGAUGAUGACUCCCCCAGUAAGCGCAAGGCGACAUCCACCCGCAAGCAUGAUGGCAGAAGCAGCAUUCCCGUUCCAUCCACCCCCACCACGGUCAAGAAGCAUAGGCCUCAGUCCCUGUCUCAGUCGCCUGAGUUCCGCGAGGAUGCUCGUCGUGCCCGUGAGCUUAGUAUCGCUGCUAAUGCAGGCCGCACACCCAGCUUCCUGGGUGUCCUUGGAACGACCGCACCUAUGAACUUUAGCACUCCCGCCUUCGACUUCACUAGUGCUAUGCCGACUCCCCAUGUAUCUCGCCAUAACUCCUUCGACGCGAGCUUUGUCGGCAAUAGUGCCGUGAACUUCGCCAUGCUCCCCGAUCAAGGAAGUUUCAACAUGGCCGCCAUGGGUGCUGCAAACGACAUGAACAUGUCCUUUGACGGCAUAGGCCAUAUCGACCAAAACAUGCUGAACCAACCCGGCAUGGACUUCUCAGGAAUGAACUUCGACUUCAGCAUGCCCAUGAACAACGCCGAUCAACAGUUGAACCCCAACCCCCGCCAACCCAGACCCAAAUACGAACUCCCCACCUUCCCCAUGGCAUCCACCAACUCCCUCCAAGUUCCCGAGCAGCGUUUCCAGCACCAAGACGUCAUGGAGGCCCCUUCCUCCCCGCCCAGCCAGCGCGCUCGCUCCGCUCGCUCCGCCUCCAAGGCAGCUAAUGAACACAUGACGCAGUGGAUCCAAGACCAGAAGGAGCAGAACCACGAGUAUGGCGAGAAGAGCUCCGAGGAGGACUCCCAGGCUUCAGAAUUCGAGGACGAUGAUGCCGGUGACUAUGUCUAG